AACCUGCAAACGUGAAUACAAAAAAUUCAGACGUUAAUAUAAAGUAAUAAGAUUAAGUUGAGAUUACUUCUGGUACAUUAAAUAAAGAUAAUAGCCUGAAUAAACGUUAUGUUUGUACUUUAUUUUUCUUAUAAACAUUUAAUCUUGUUCCAUGAAUAACGUAGAAAUUUAUUAAGUUAUGCGAAACAUGCAAACAUUUACCAGAGCGCACCGAGAACUGCAGUUGCAGUUAUAGUUAUCAGCAAAUUAUUGAGUACAUUAACUUUACCAGCCAAUGUGCCUUUCAAACUACGAGGUUUUAAUAUCGGUUUAACUACUGGUUCGUACAUGACGAGUGGUUUUACAAUGUCCGUAAGUAUAAUAUAGCCACAGAAAUGGUGUGCUAAACUAUUGCAGUUUGAUCACUAAGUUGGCGAAACAUAAACAACUAUCAAACAACCCGAGGCAACCGACGCCAUAAUAAUUAAAAUCUGUUUGGUCGCUGUUAGUUUAAAAAUGAGUAAUAAUUGCCAAGGAAUUUUAAACCACUAUUUGCAAUGCUAUACAUAUUAUUGUAUAUCCUAAGUAAUAAUUAUGUAAUAUUUAACAAAAAUAAUUUUGUGAUAAACAGAAGUUAUCAUAAUUCUGUAUCUCUUAUAUAUAAACAUUAUCUUAAAGCAUUUGGACAACUUUUGAACAUGGCUUCCACUUCUAAGAAGCAAGCUAUUGUUACUGUAAAAAAGAGGGGACCACCGAAAUUAGAAUUGACAGCAGAACAAAAAAAUGAUGUAAAAGAAGCAUUUGAUCUAUUUGAUCCAGAUGGUACUGGAAGAAUUGCCACUAAAGAACUUAAAGUAGCCAUUAGAGCCCUUGGAUUUGAACCUAAGAAAGAAGAAAUGAAGAAACUUAUAGCUGAUGUUGAUCCUGAUGGUCUUGGCACAUUAUCCUUUGAAGAAUUUUUGAACUUAAUGUCUACAAAAAUGUUAGAGAUAGAUAAAGAAGAUGAAGUUUUAAAAGCAUUUCGAUUGUUCGAUGAUGACAAUACAGGAAAAAUAACAUUUAAGAAUUUAAAAAGAGUCGCUCGAGAAUUAGGUGAAAAUCUUACAGACGAAGAAUUACAAGAAAUGAUAGAUGAAGCAGACAAAGAUGGUGAUGGAGAAAUUUCUCAAAAAGAAUUCCUACGCAUUAUGAAAAAAACAAAUCUUCACUAGUUUUCUCAAUUUAUAUAUGUUAUUUAUUAAAAUUCUUAUUUUUGCAUGAUUUGUUUGUUCAAAUGUGUUAUAAGUAUGAAUCAUUUAUACUUAAAGUUUUUGAUACUUGAAUUCUAAUUUAAUAAUAUUCUAAUUAAUAUUUAUUAUUAUGUGUAGUAGUAAGAACAAAUAAAAGUUAUUAAAUUUUCUAUCGCACAAUGUAGUUUA